UGUAAACUGGUGCCAUAUGCAGGGCUGUGAGCAAGAGGUACGUGAGGCAGAAAAAGGUUCUUCUGAUGACUUUAAGAGUGAUUGCAUUAUGCGCUUAUCAUGGGCUCUUGUUCACUCAAAAAGGCCGGAGGACGUUCAACGUGGAAUAGCUAUGCUUGAAGCUUCAUUGGCUAACAUUGCAAGUUCAUUGAAAAUGAGAGAAAAGCUUUAUCUUCUGGCAGUUGGGCAUUAUAGAAGUGGUGAAUAUUCAAGGAGCAGGGAGCUUGUGGAACGGUGUUUGACGAUUGAACCUGACUGGAGGCAGGCACGCUCCCUUAAGAAGGCUAUUGAGAACCGCAUUACAAAAGGUAAGAACUGAUGGUUGGUUAUUUUUGAUUUCUUCUGAGAUGAGAUAAUGGAGCCUCUAGUUG